AUGCGCCCGGGAUCUGGCGUCGCUCCGUCCUCAGCGCUGCUCCUUCUGAUGUUCAUAUCGUACACGGUCUCGGCCUCCCCCUUCAUGACAGCUCCCCUCCUCCUGAUCAUCGUGAACCUCAGCUUUCUCAUUGCCAACCUAAGCAAGAGGGAGGGACACAUCCCUCAGAUCAACUGGCCCUGUGCAGAUUUGGUCCGGUCUGCAGCCUCUGCUGUCAUCUUCCUCAUCGUCUCCUGCACCACCGCAGCUCACAGCCGGCAAGGGGGACUGGCCACUGCUGCAGUGUUCGGGUUCCUCCUGACGGGGGUGUUAAUCUAUGAUGCCUAUCAUGCGUACCGCACUCUGCUGUCGAUGCAGGAGACCCCCAACCAGGGCCAGGGGGAGUCAGAGAGUAAUUAUACCACCAGCAAUAUUCACCAUUACAUCCCUCAGUAA